AUGAAGCUGGUCCUGACUCUGUUCGCCUUACUCCCGCUGGCGCUGGCCGCCAAGUCGCUCAAGUCCGUGGUCGUCACCUUCCCCGAGGGCACGCCGGACUCGGUGAUCGACCACGCCAAAGACUCGCUGGUGGCCUCGGGUGGCAUUAUCACUCACGAAUAUCAUCUCAUCAAGGGCUUUGCGGCCGAGGCUCCCGUCAAGUCUCUCGAGACCCUGUCGGCGCAGGACAGCGAGUACAAACCCAAUAUCGAGGAGGACAAGGUGGUGACCAUUGAUGGAGACUACGUGGGCCAGGAACACUCGUUCUAA